AUGGAUGCGCAAUUCCAGAAUGCUGAGCAGGCUUCUCGGCUCAAAACCUCCCUUGACCUCAGUGAUGGUGAUCACUUUGAUCAGGUCAUAGCCAUUUCUCAAGGCAUGAUCAACCAUGCCAUCAAAAGGAUACACGAGCAGAACGAGGACAUGAACGAUUUCUAUGGCGACAGCGACUCUGGAUCCAUAUCUGCUGAUCUGGCGCCAUCAGAGCUGGUGAUCCCCGUCGGAGACCCGGCUGCACAGAAGAACAACAUAGUCAUCUGGCGGACAAACAUCAAACAAGGCACUCUAACGGUCAACUACAGGGAUGUCCCACCAAAAGAUUACACCAUAGAUAAUUGGACCAUUGAUGUCAAAGUCCCUCUAACUUGGGAGAAGUUCGAAGACGCCCCGGAUGAUGAUGAUGCUAAGAAAAACAGAAAGAAAAAACAGCGAGACUUUAUUCACAACAACUUUGAGGUACCAGGCGACUACCGACCAGAGCGUCUGUACGCCAAGAUGGCCAGCGGUUGGUGGGGAGAAGGCGUUAGCUUUGCUGGCCCGUCUUCCAUGGCCGACAAAUCAUCUGAUGAGUACGCCACUUGGAAAGAAGUGAAAGAAAAUGACCAUGCAUCCAGCACGCUGGAGAGCAUCUUCAAGGAUAUCAGCCUCAAGAGAGAGGAAGAUGGCAUGACCACCAUUGGCACAAGAUUUAACUUGGAUGGCAAAAUACCUGAACAUGAUGCUACUUACGCGCCCACGUCUAUGAUCCACCAAUCUUUCCCCUACAGAAUUGGGUCGGAAUCAGGUAAGACCGGAUGGGAGUCCGGAAUUCGGGGCACCGGAGAUCCUGGGUCACGCAAUUGUCUGCUGUAUUGCGAGAACGUUGACAACCGCCCAAUGACAUGGAGGGAACUGCCGCAAACCGGUAAUUUCACUACGAUUGGAAAUCCCAACUCUCCAGGUAGUCGAGUAGAUGGGUCGUUUGUCCUCAGCCACCAGCUAAUUUUCGAGAAAUUCCUGCUGCCAAAGCUCCAAGUGUUCGUCAAGGAGUCACAGAUCUAUCCGGGACCUGCACAUAUAGACUUGAAUGGGGAUCAUUCAUACGGCUUGGAGAUUGGUGUAAAUCCGAGCAAAGAUCCCUAUGGGGAUCCGAAUAACCCUAUCUACAGGUUCCGUGCAGUCGGCUACGGGGAUGCACAUUAUGAAGCCUAUGUCGAGUCAACGUACGAUUCCCCCCUAUUCGACGUGGAGGACAAGGAUGCCAUAGCGAAAUGGCAGGCCGCCAUACAGGAAAGGGAAUAUGCAAUGAAAGAAGCGGAAAGACAGAGGAAAAUGAGGCAGCAACAAGAAGAAGAAAUGCGACAGGCAGAAGCGGUAAGGCACACAGCAGAAGCCAUGGCGCGGGCAGUUGGCGCAAUAGGCUCGAUAUCAAACGCCGUCGCUGGGAUUGCCUCAGUAGGAUAUGGCUCAAGCGAAAUCGCGCGGCAUAUGGGCCCAGGCCCCGUGAUAAUUGACGAAACGGAGUGGGUUGACCCUGGAAUUCCGGAAGAACCGCCGCUGAAUCAUGGCAAGUACUGGGGUGAAGACUUCUUCUCCUUGUCAGGGAGCCCCCGCGUAACCGUAAAAUGGCAGAAGGGAGGCAAUCGGAUCACGGUCAACGGAGAGACGAAUUACAACGUUUAUGUCACCAUCGCAGAUAAUGCAAAUGUGAAUUCUUCACAUCAACUAGAAAAUGCCCGUUGGCGGGAAAUCGUGCGUUGGAAAUUCACUUGGGAACUGUACAUUGAUGUGACGGUGAAGGACGGCAGCCUUAACCUGAGCGUCACACAUGACAGGAAUUACUUCGUGAGGGUGGAGAAUAAUACUACUGAUGUGCCCGAUUCAGAGCAUCAUUGGACGCAAUCAAACCUCGCCGAAAACCUGCAGCGGGAGUUGGAAAACUUGGAGCGAGCGCUGAAUCUUGGCUUCGCCAAUUCAUCCAAGUUUUUCUACCCUGGAAAUGGACAACUCACAUUCAAAAACGCCAUGUUCAGCGAGAAAGGUGACUUGAUAGCUGAAAUCGAGUAUCAAGACACCCCCGACCAAGGGAAAAUCAUCAUUCCACCGCCCAAGAAGCCGGACGAUCCUGGAAAUGGAGGUACCGACAAACCGACAUCCAGACUGCAAUGGACGACCAUCAGUCCUGUCAAGUCAUCUGCUUCGCCCGUGGAAAUUAAAAUCACUGGGAAAAACACCACCAACUCCACGGUAUACCUCUCCAAGAUAGAGGUCAAGUACACCGGCUUUAAACUGGGAACCGACCUCUUCACAUCGGUUGAUUUCGUCACCUCAAACGGCGGGGCGGACAAAGUGGAAAUCUCCGUUCAGGCCGAAUCAGCCUCAACGAUGUCGACACCCGUGCUAGCACCUCGUAAGAUUACCUCAAAGAAAGUCGAAUGCCUCACAACGUACCAAGCCGCAACCUCGCCAAUUGCCAUUCAGCCAGGUGGCAGCAUUCACCUUAUCGCCAAGGGCGCAACGGGAAAGGUGGGUGUAAAGAAAGACCUUGGAAUCAAGGAGUAUUGGUGCGAUCAGGCUGGCAAUGUUCCAGAGGGAGAUGGUUACUAUAUGGCAUUUGCGGCAGUGGAACUCUCUUAG